AUGGAGGCGCAGGGCUUGGACUGGCUGUUCGUCCCGAUGCACCAGCUGGUGUCGUGGGGCGCGGCCGGCGCCAUGGUCUUCGGCGGCGUGGUGCCCUACAUCCCGCAGUACCGGGACAUCCGCAGGACGCAGAACGCCGACGGCUUCUCCACCUACGUGUGCCUGGUGCUGCUGGUGGCCAACAUCUUACGGAUCCUCUUCUGGUUUGGAAGGCACUGUGAGGCCCCUCUUCUGUGGCAGAGCUUGAUCAUGAUCCUCACCAUGCUUCUGAUGUUGAGACUCUGCACUGAAGUCCGCGCGAGCAGCGAGCUGAACCUCCGGCACCGCUCCUUCGCAGAUGGUAAGGAGGAAGAACUCAGAGCCCCCCUCAGACGCUCCUAUCUGGACUUUGACCCACAACACUUCUGGCACUGGAGCAGCUUUGCGGACUACGUGCAGUGCGUGCUGGCCUUCUCGGGCGUGGCAGGCUACAUCACUUACCUGUGCCUCGAUUCUGCCCUCUUCGUGGAGACGUUGGGCUUCCUGGCUGUGUUCACCGAGGCCAUGCUGGGUGUGCCGCAGCUCUGCCGUAACCACCGCCAUCGAUCUACCGAGGGGAUGAGCAUCAAGAUGGUGCUGAUGUGGACAAGCGGUGAUGCCUUCAAGACAGCCUACUUCCUGCUGAACGGUGCGCCACUGCAGUUCUCCGUCUGCGGCCUGCUGCAGGUGCUGGUCGACCUGGCCAUCCUGCUGCAGGCCUACACCUACGCCCGCCGCCCCCCAAAGCCAGCGCCCCAUGCCGCUCACCCCACCAGCGCCAAGGCCCUCUGA